GGUCAGGCAGAAAGUGUACAGAGUAGGAGAGCUAUGGGGCCAGGCCCAAUGUGAGGACAUCCCAGGCUCAAGUUUCUCCCCAACUACACACAGGUAGAAUUUAGCUUCUGGCUGGAAAAUAGUUGGGUGGUACAGAGUGAACCCCUGAACACCUAGUCAAGGAAGAUCAGUUGCUUACCAACGCUGCUGAUCUGUAUUUUUAAAUAAGUGUGAUUGAUUGCUUGUUUAUAUAAUUAGAUCAUUGGACUUGGCAGAGCACUGUCAGCCAAGAAGCAUUUAUUGAUUUCUCCCAGUAAAUGCCAACAUCAGGGGCUGGGAUUAUAGCUCAGUGGUAAGAGCACUUGCCUAGAACAUGUGAGGCACUGGGUUCAAUCCUCAGCACCACAAAAAAAUAAAUAAAGGUAUUGUGUCGGUCUACAACUAAAAAAAAAAAAAAGCCAACAUCAGGGCAUAUGGCCCAGCAGGCAAGGGGGUUUUGACACAGUAAAUUGUCAAGAGUGUCUAUGGUGUCUAUGGGGGCACCAGAAUCUUUCUGGGCUCGGGUGUGCUACUGAUUGAUGAGUGGAGUGGCGAUAGUACUCACCUCAUAGACUACUCAGUAAGUAUUAAAUGAGCAAAUGUGGGGAAAUGCUUAGACGAGUUCAGGACUUGAAUCACCUGCUCAAAGCAUGAACUUUGCCAUUCAUCAAGUUACUGACCACAGAGACUGCCCUGCCCUCCAAAUCACCCAGGCACCCUUGCCCAGGCCUAUUUUUAUCAUGGCCUAUGUCAGUGCCUGGCACUGUAUUUACAAACUGUCUGUCCUCCCUCCAGAACCUCACCACAGUCCAGGAAAUCAAAGCUCUUUGUCGGCUCCAUCAUACUGCAUUCUGGUACCAGGAACUGGCACUCUGUAAAUAUUGGUUGAAUGAGACUUAAAUGCUGGAGUAGGAGUCUGGACCUCAAAUAUUAAAUUGAAGGUACUUAGAAGUGCUUUGAAGAAAACAAUGCAGGGUCAACAUUAGAAGGGGCUGUGUUACCCAAGAUGGUCAUGGGAGGGAGGCUUAGGGAGCAGGUAACAGUUGAACUCUAGCCAUGAGAAGGUGACUUUCUAAGAGACGAAUUGCUUCUGACAUAGGGAAUAGCAGAUUUGUUCAGGGAUGUGUACAUGAGGCAGGUACAGCCAAAUGAAUGGGAGGGAGAUCUUAAAGGCUAGUGUGAACCUUCAGACUUUUUUACUGACAGGAGCCACAUGAAAAAAAAAUUUUUUUGUAAUAAGUGGUGCUGAGGCUUGAACCCAGUUCCUCACUCAUGCUAGGCAAGCACUCUAUCACUGAGCUACAACCCCAGCCUGGGAGCCACAUUUUUGCAGCUCAGGCAGUAUAGAUGGUGGAGCUGGGCUGGGUGGGGGCAGGGACAGUGAGCAGCUCAGUCAUAUACAGCUUGAUUGGCCUGGGAGUGCUAUCUCUGAUGAAGAACAGAGGGCUGUAGGGGCCAUGGUGUUUAGAUUUUGUCAAGAUGAGGUGGAAGCAGGGAAGAUAGGGGAUAAGAGGUGUUCCCUCUAUCCUGGGCCUGCCAGGCCUCAGAGCUGCCAUUCCCCCCGCCCCCCGAACACAGUCCCCCACCUCCCAUUUGUGGUCCAGGCUGGUCAUGAAGGGCCUUAGGCCCUGCUGGAACCUGCUGCCUUAGAGCUGGGCCUACUCUUGGGGGAGGGGUGUUUGGUGGUUGCCAAGCGCAAAGGUUCCGGCUUCUGGUAGUGGCCACAGCCAUGUUGCAUGCACUGUACUUUCUCUUGUCACUACUGUUGGCAAUACCUACUCCCACCCAUGCCUGGUCACGGCCCCUCUGGUAUCAGGUGGGGUUGGACUUGCAGCCCUGGGGGUGCCAGCCAAAUAGCCUAGACUCUUGCAGGAGCAGCUUGGGCUGUCCGAACGGUUGGGUGGGCCUGGGAGGGAACCGCAUCUACCCUGUGGCUGGGGUCACGAUUACCACCACCAUGAUGCUGGUGAUCAGCCGUGCGAUGCUGCAGCGGUGGCGUUCACAGGACACUAAGGGUAAGCACCCACAGGUGACCACUAGUUGCUACGGACCUUGGAAACGGCGAACUCCAAUUUCAGAUCGUGCCCUACUCCUUGGGGUCCUUCACAUGCUGGAUGCCCUCCUGAUCCAUAUUGAGGGCCACCUGCAGCGUCUAGCUACCCAAAAGCGAAUUCAAAUAAAGGGGACUCCCACCUAGUGUGGGUGAUCCAGCACAUUUC